AUGGUACGUGUAAUCGAUAACCUCACACCUUCGCCGUUCAUGAUUCGUCGUCCAGGGGAGACCUCAUCCACAACCUCAUAUGUGAGCUUGUUCUUGUUCUUUUUCGAGGCGACCAUUCUCACCGACCUUGGAAUUGCAGCCGCCGCCGACUCCACCGUUAAACACAAUGGCGAACUCGAACGCCGGAUUGAAGAACUUGAAUUACAGCUAGCUUUUUACAAACGAGCACACAGUGUCGCAGUCGAAACAUCCGAUACCCAAAAGAUCCAAAUUGCAACCUUGAACAAGCAAAUCUCGAGCCUUGACGCUUUCCAGACUGACUUAAGCCCACUCAUCCAUUGUGUUCUUAACGGCGAUGAGAUCUUUUUCUCGCAGGUCUUCCUUAUUAACGGCUUUCAAGGAGGACUGAGGGCUGCACAACUCUUGACUAAGGCUAUUGCAGAAUAUCUCUCCACGGAAGAUCUUCAACUUUUCACUCGUAUUUCUUUCUGGGUCACCCUAUUCGUUAACAAGAUACAGCUUCGCAAUACCCUCAUUAACCAGAACAUCUGUACUCAUGAGCAGCUUGACGCUUUCUUCUCUGGUUUUACUCAAACUUCGCCCCGAUUUAUAAUCGUUGAUGUUGCUGGGGAGGGUGGUGCCGAUGCUAAAAUUAAAGAGUAUAUUGCGACCUACGCUUGCUUCCCCCAGACGUUGAGAAUGUUGGUUGGUGGAUGUUAUACUCGCAAUUAUAACGGAUUGUUCAGUGGCCUAGAAGGAGAUGCUCUGCUUGGCAAAGUAGUGAUGCUGCACUCGGGUUCUCCAGAAGCGGUCCGCGAACUCCAGAGGCUCAAAAUCCCCUCUGGCCUUGAGGUAGAAGGUUUAUUCCUCGAAACCCAAACAUUCCUGGGACAACCUCCAAGGCCUGCUCCAUUGCAACUGGAAAACUUUAAUAGCGCUCCUUCCAACGGAGGCCUUGCGAGUCCUCAGUCGCCUAUACGUGGUAAUGGACGUGUCAUCGAUUUGGCUCUGCCUCUACACAAACGUACAUAUCUAUUACCUCAUUUGUUACUCGCACUUCCUCACAAAUAUGCUUCUUUGUAG